AAAGUUCCCUGAAACAUCCAAAGUACAACUUAUCAUUUCUUUGUUCCUUGUUCUUGUCUGACCUAAGAGAUUGUCUUAAAAAUAAUAUUUGCCUGCCUGUUCACACACAUUGAAGGAUUCAGCAUUACAGAGAGCAUUUCUUGGAAAGGCCGCUAAUAUGCUGUCCCUUAACUGUAUUUAAAUAAAGGAUAGAACAUGGUCUUGUUCACAUCUUGUAGCAAACAGAUGAAAUGAAUCCAUUUGGCAAUCAGGGCAAUGAUCUGAAUCCGCAAGAUGGAUGGAGAAAAGAGAGAUAAGCACAUGAUGGAAAUCCAAAGAACCAGCAGUCUCCCUCAUGAUGUGAUCAUUGAAAUUCUCUCAAGGGUUCCUCCCAAGUCCCUCAGCAGAUUCAGGUGCGUUUCCAAACAAUGGUACCAUUUACUGACUCACGAUCACGAAUUCAUUGCCCGACAUAGCAAAUGGUCCAAGAAAAAUCCUCUCUUGCUGACACGAAGAUACAUUUUGGAUGAAAACUGGGAAACCAGUAAAAAAGCCACCGUUCAAUUAACCUCUGUAAACCUGGAUGGAAAUGUUACAGAUAAGUUCAACAUAGUCAUUGACGAACUAAUCCAGACAUUCAUUUCUUGCGGUCCGCUUAGUCUCAUCUGCUGCAACUAUUCCCUUUAUCUCUGUGGUCCAAGUUUCCAUGAACUUGUGCGUGUCCCACAUCGUUCAAGAAUUUGUCUACAGAAUGUUGGCAUUGGCUACGUUCCAUCUUCAAGUGAGUACAAAAUUGUGCACUGGUUUGAGGCACGUCGUUUUGGGGAUAGAAACAUGGUGUGUGAAGUUUUAACUUUUAGACGUGCUGUUAAAAUCAGCUUUGGUUCUUGGAGAGGAUGUAGAGCUUGUCCUUGGAGUGCCUGCACUGAGAAGUCACCUCUGUGUGUGGAUGGAAAUAUUUACUGGGCACGAUCAUCCGGAUGGAAGGAAAGAUCGAUACUGUCAUUUGACUUGGAAAAGGAAGAUUUCAGCAUCAUAAACUAUCCUUCUUGUGAUGUCAAAACUUACAGUUUUCUUGAAUUUGCUGGGAUUAAAGGGUCUUUAUUUGUCCUUGGAUGUUCAGCAGAAACAUCAACAAUGGCCGUGUGGCUGUUGGACAAAGAUGAGAAGAGUUGGGUGUUGGAACAUCGCAUCAGUCUCUUCCCUUUUGCUGUGAACUUCCUGAUUUCUUCAGACAGUCAGAGCGAGGAAAUAUUGAUCCAUACGGAGCAGAAAGGACUUAUAGGAUACAACGUGAGGACUCAAACAUCCAGAAGGAUUAAGUACUUCGAAGGUGUGAGAAGUUACAACAAGCCUUGCCUCUAUCAUUACUGCAUUUCUCCUCUGUGUACAACCACUUACGACCAAUAAAAUGUUUUAGCUUACGUCUGGAAAAC